AAAAUGCCCAGAGUUAUAAAAACAUCGCACUCAAAUCUGGUUCAUGAAAUUUUAUUAUACGGAAAUUGCCUCCACUUUUUUAUGUAUGUUUAUUUAAAAAUUGUCAACUUUUAAGAUGAAAUCAUUUUUCUCAGAAUUGUUUUUAUUUAUAUUUAUUAACAUUGUCUCAUCUGCUCCUCAACUUCAGCCAGAGAUUAAUGAUCAAUUCGAAAAAGUAACAUCUACUACAAGUAAUCACACUACUAACUCUACUACUACAAGUAGUAAAAAACCUGAAACCCUUGAAGAAAUUGAUGAAAAUAAUGAAAUAUUUGAUGAAGAACCUGAUACUGCGAUUAACAAAUCAGUAACCGAUGUUGCUAAUGUAAAAGAAAAUGUUGUAAGCAAAAUUUACAGGAAAAUAAAAAUUCAAAUGACAAAAUUAAUAGAGACACCUAAAGUCAAUACAGUUAUAAGGAACAUAGGCACUUGUGUAGUGAAUGGAUUCAUGGAAAUCGUAUCAUUCUACUUUCCUGCACCACUGAUCCCUCUUAUAGCAAGUGCAGCCGGUAUGAUCAUACCUUUUGAACCAGUUGUAAUGCUUAGACGAAGAAUGCCAGUUACCAGUUACAGAAGAGCAUUUAAAACUGCUGUCAAUGGUUUCAUGAAUACAUUCAAUGCUUAUAAGUUCGAUAAUCAUGAUGAAGAUCCAUACAUGACCAGAAGAUUUAAUAGACGAUUUAUGAAUGAUGCUGCGAAAGAUGAGACAACUAGAGCAAAUGAUCUGGAAAAUAAUUUAAGCAAGAAAUCAAUGGAAAACGAUUGAAUUAGUUUUGUUUAUGUACAAAAAGUAAACUA